GCAUCAAUAUUAUAAAAUAACGUCAGUUGAGUUGAUCAGCUUUAACGAGCACUGCUUGUGAACACAACUAAUGUUGCACAAACAUCCGAAUGAAGGAUCACAUACAUACAAUGAUGGAAUCAAAUAUAAUAAUCAAGUGGUAAUCUGUGACGAUUCCACGUUAUCUGGAAUGGUUGAUCCAGUACGCACUCGAUUAAUAUUGAAAGUAGAAAUCAGUUGAAAAUAUUCAUUUGAGAAUGUAGGUGUUUUUAACCAAUAUCCUUCAAGUGUUUCUAUCAAUGUUGAUGACAGCAUUAGUGUUCGCAAUUGAUGAAAUCUUUGGGUAUCUUUUUCAACAUAACUGGAUUGGUUUUGUUUUAAUGUAAGUAUAUAAAAAAUGAGAAUUCAUCAUCAAAUAUUCAAAGUGCAUUUAGUAGUAAGCUUCUUCAUUUUAUUUAAACACAUAAAUAUUGAAAUAAAAGGAUACCGAAUAGAUAUGUGCCACACAUUUUACUUGAUUUGUCGGUGGGCUAUGAUACUGCACAAUUGCUCGAAUCGAAGCAGACGGUUAUAUUAGGAGGCCACAUCCCAAGAAUGUGACGUUUUAUCAAGAUUUAUACGAUUCGCCUUACAUCAUUUAUAGCAUUAUUUUCCCAACUACAUUUUCCGAAUUGCAUCUAUUUUUGUUAUUGAAUUGAUUUUGACACUUUAUAAUUUACAUUACAGUUUCAUUUCGAUUGGUGCAACCAUUGCAAUUUUCUUUAUUCAGAGACUCACACAUUUGAAAUACCUCACGGAUUUCCUUUACGUACUACUCGUAAGUUGUUUUUGUUAGCAAUGGACGAAUGUGUAUAAAACGUUUGCCAAAAGGAAUAUAAACUUAAUUCAAUACUGAUGUAUCUCAAUACGAUAUCAUAUCAGCAUGUUAGUCGUUAUGUAAAUGAGACUAUUCUGUGGAUGUGCAAAAUGAGUUAUUGAUAUUGCUAGAUAUGGACAAACAUGUAUUAUCUUUGAUCACCAAUUCACCAAACAUCGUAUGUGAUUUAUGUGUUACAUGUUCACUGAUUUAAUCUCGAGACAAUGACUGACGAGGUGGAUACGGAAAAAUUCUCUGUAUACAUGAGUCGAGAACAUUGUUUCUAAUGGUGAAAUGUGUGUUCAGAGACUAUCAGAAAAUUGUUCAUACGAGCAAGAUUUAUGAAUGCUUUAUCAACUAUAAACGUUUCACUCCAACAUCUGACCUACUUGAUAGAGUCGUCACUGAUCAUGAAUUAUGGUUACAUGAGAAGGAUGUUGAUCUAUAAUUCUGAUGAUUUCUCGAGAUGUUUUGAAUGUUCAGUGAUUAUGUGCAUGUACUCUGAAUUUUAUUCAGUACAGAUUCCAUGUGUUUUAUCGAGUUAUUUCGAUGAUAUGCGAUUUAUAUGCAAUCACUCAUUGCCUAAUCAAUUUCAGCAUGUUCUACCAUCUAAUUAAUUAUUACAUAAAUGUAUUUCUCUCCUUUUAAGGUAAUUUGGCACAAAUGUUCUGUCAAAUAAAAACAAAAUUUAAUAGGUUGUUUCGUUGAUAUAAAAGUUAAUUAAAAUAAUCCAUUGUGUCAUUGCGUAAGAAAGAGAUAAUUCAGAGAAAAAAAUUUUCUUUUCGACAAAAUCAUUUACUCAAGCUGUAUGUUCAUAUAUAUAGUUCCAUGCAAAAUAUAUGCCCUUUGAACAAUCUUCUUUUUCCCUUCAUUUCAAGAGCUUCAGCUUCGCUGGUGUGAUAACCUAUCUUUCAAUUCACGCACAGGGAAUGUUCAUAUUUAUCAGUUGGAUUUUGGCCAUCAUUCUAUCAGUGUUAUUGUUUAUGAUUGGAAUAAACAUUAAACGUGAUUUGGUCAGUUAUUUUUGGUCGUUUUUGAUUUAUGUCAUUAUUGUCAUUCUUAUCAUUUUUGUUCUGGUGAUCCCAUGGAUCUAUGGUAUUACUGUGGUGACGUGGGCAAUCGGUCUACUCGUUUUAGCCAUCAUAAUUCCGGCUAGUUUAAUUGAAGCUCAAAUAUUUUGUGGAGGAAGAGCAAUGUACUACAGAUCUGAAGAUUUCAUAUUUGCAUCAAUGGUUCAUUUGUUCUUACUGACUUUCUCAUAUUCUGGAUUUAUUUUACUGUUUCUCAACAUUAAAUUAUCCUAGAUAUUGACAAUUUGUGUGAUGUUUCAAUGUGAUGUACCCUUGUAAUUGUGUACUUUUGAUGAUGCAGUAGAACAAGAAUGAUGAAUAUGAGAAUUUCUAUGUUUGUUC